GUAGCUUAGGCAGGUGCCUUAAACUUGUCUCCACCUUCUAGUGUGGAAAUAAUCUCUAGGUGGACAGAAAACAGAUACAAGAUAUAAAUGACAUCAUGAACUCAAAAGAAAAAGCUGCUGUUAGUUGAAAGAAGUGACCGAAGGCAAAAGACGCUUUUCCAAAAAUAUGUCUACUUUGCAGGAUCCAAUCUGAGUCCCUCACUCAAAGAUUUAUUCUUCCAAGCUUUCAGGCUCAGGCUAGAGCCUAUCUUCUCUGGAAGAUAGGAACUUCUCUUCAGAAUAUGUGUGCUGGGCUGUUCUACGCAUUGUAUUUCACAACAGUUCCUCGUUCUACUAUGUUGAAUACAUCUGAGUAUGAAUCUAUGAUAUGGUUUCUUCCCAUGCUAAAAGACUGGAUUGGUUUUGGUUACUUGGAGGACUUUGUGAACUCUGUACUUCAGCCUCUAUUGCUAUUACUAGCAUUUUUUCUGCUUAUAUAUUAUGUACCUUCAGGCAUUGUUUUAGUUUGCUAUGCAUGCUCAUUUUAUUUAUAUAUUUGGAAGAAAAUGUAUAACAUAAAUGGAGACACUUACAAUGAGUUAUGGAACAAACCAAGGCAAAGGUUGGGAAAUUUGGUGACUUUAUGCGGAAAGAUAUUGCAUGGUUAUGAGGUCAUCGGUAUGGAGAAUAUACCAGAAGGACCAGGAUUGAUUGUUUUUUACCAUGGAGCAGUAGUUUUUGACUAUAUCUUCUUUAUAGUUACACUCUAUGAAAAGACUGGAAGAAUAAUCCACUCUGUGCUUCAUUGUUUCUUUUAUUUAGUACCAGGUAUAAAACUAUGUCUUGAUAUAGUAGGUUGCAUCGAAGGCAAGCAAACAUCCUGUGCUGACAUUUUGAAGAGAGGCUACUUAGUAGGAAUAGCACCUGGUGGAUUGAGAGAGCAAAAUUUUAGUAAUGAAAACUACAAUGUGGAGUGGAGUACCCAUACGGGAUUUGCUAAAGUGGCUUUAAAAAACAAAGUGCCAAUCAUCCCUAUGUUUACAGAAAAUCUCCGUGAAGCAUACAGGACAGUUGGAAACACAUGGCUAUCGAAAUGGCUGUAUGAACACUUUCGAUUUCUUGUUCUCCCAAUAUAUGGUGGGUUUCCCGUCAAACUCCGCACCUACAUCGGAGAACCCAUCCCAUAUGACCCAAAUCUAACUGCUAGGGAGCUAGCUGAAAAAACAAAGAUUGCAAUUGAAAAUCUCCGAGACAGACACCAGAAAUUACCUGGAAAUAUAUUAAGAGCUUUAUUGGAGCGAUUUGAUAAAAGCAAGAAAGAUGUCUAAUCUUUUUAUAUUUUAUUAUACAUUAAUUAAUUUUCCUCUCAUAAUUCAUAUCCAUAUGUAUAUUCUAAGUGCAAUGUUUAAAGUAGUUUGAAAUUUAUAAUUUGCUUUCUUAGACUAUGCAAUGAACCAUGUUAUACAAUGUUCCGAUAAACUGUUAUUUUUCAGAAUAAUAAAUGGAUACUAUUUUCAUGCUGUAAAUAGACCAGUGACACAUUUGUAUGUUUCUUUCUAUAUAUUAUAUCCGCAUAUCCAUGGCAUAUAACCGAAAGACAAUGGGCAUGUCUAGAUGUUCACAGCAACUUAGUUUUGUUUUGUGUCAAUAACAGCCUGUUCAUUGAAAUUCCAUCCAGAAUUUUGCACUUUUCAAGCACCUGGUAUAAACAGUUAAGAGAUGACCUUGAUGAAGUUAUGCCAGCUCCAUUAUCAAGGUGACAGGGAACAAAAUAUAUAUUUAAAUCCACAAUAGAUAGAGAUUAUUUGGAAGAAGUUCAGACACCUCCCUAAUUCACUGAAUUAUAAAUAGGAGGACGAGGAGGUACAAUAGAAUCAGACUCGCAAGAUUUAGCUCAGUCUCACCAGAUAGACCAGACAAGAAAUCUAUUUCACAGAAAGGGUAAAUUUAGAGUGCUAUAACAAGAGAGUUUUGAACUGAGAUCAAUGUACAAACCCACCAUUUGAUUAAAAGUCUAUAUGACCCACUGACUCAGUAUACAGGUAUCAAAUAUAUGCAUUUGUUUGGAGAAAUUGUGGUUGGUCCAUACAGAUCAAUAAAUUGUUAUGUUUGGUCACUCAGUCAUCCAGACUGCAUGUGGCAUUUUUAUCCAUCUAUUAAAUUGUUCCCAAGAUUUGGCAGAUAUUAUUGUUAUAGGAUGUUAGAUAUUCCCCAGUAAGGCUUCCUUUUGCAAAAGACUGAUGGUGAUUCUGUCAAUGAUGAUGUUAUGUAAGUGAUGCUGCAGAUAUUUUGGAACUGCAUCCAAGGCACCUAUGCUAUACUAUUAGUAUUAUCUUGGCUUUCCUUUGCCACAGUUGUUCUAUUUCUAUUUGCAGGUCUUUGUACUUUGUAAUUUUUCUCCAAUUCUUCUUAUUCUAGCUUGCUAUCUUAAAGUAUUACAAUGUCCAUUAUCUAAAGUUUUUCUCUUCCUUAUCAACAGUUAUUAAAUCUGAGGGGUUGUAUGGCG